UAUUCCUCCACAUUGACGCCAGCGGCUCCUUCAUCCAAUGGUUUGGUGGCUCCAAGCGGCGAGCAUCAUCACCUCGAUGAUGAUGCAAAUACCCACUGUACGCACCACUUAUUGGCAAGCCAUGCAUGCAUGGGCAUGCACACACCACUUCCAAGCUCACUCAUGGCCACUCCACGUCCUCACUCUCCUCGCUCUCCGCGCCAUCAUCUACGAACUUUGGUGCUCCUUCUCUAACAAGCUCUUCCUCACUCACAGCCGCAAAGAAGAGAAAGGAGGUGAUGUCUGUGAAGGUGUUCGCGGUGGUGAUGAUGAUAUUCACCGCUGGGAGCCACCAGACCACUGGAUGAAGGAGCCGGCGUCGAUGUGGAGGAGAAUGGUGGGGGAGCGGAGAGGGAUGGAGGAGAAGAAGGGUGAGGCCCAAGAUUUCUCAAUUUGUAUAAUAGAUGCAUUUCCCGCGGCAAAAUUAAAAUAGAGGGACUAAAUGGGCA